CCGUUUCAUAACAGAUUUCCCCUUUCUCUCUCUUUCGCUUUGCUGUCAAUCCGGAUAAGCGUUCCUGCAUUGCGCCCAAGAAAGAUUGCGUGACAAGUCAUGAAGCAACGAGAAACCAGGGGACGAGUACCGCACAAAACUGCGACGGCUAAACCUGUCCUGAGGGGUCGUUUCUCCGGCUGAACAAUGGUCGCUGCACGCCUUCUCGGGUGGUCCCUGGUCGUCCUGUCCAUCGUCCUGAUCCUGUCUCCGAUGACACGUUCUGUGUCGCAAUCCGAGGCGCUGCUCAAGCUGAAGAGGUCGUUCGCAAAUUCUGAAGCUCUGGAAUCUUGGGUGCCUAGUUCGGAUCCUUGCGGCAACGAGGACUCUUGGGUCGGAGUCGUUUGCUAUAACGGGAUAGUCACGGGCCUGCGGCUCGGGAAGAUGAGUCUGUCAGGGAAGAUUGAUGUCGAUGCAAUGACUGAAAUCGCAGGCCUGAGAUCUAUUAGCUUUGUGAACAACUCCUUUUCAGGUUCGAUUCCAGAGUUCAACCGUCUCGGCGCCCUCAAGGCCAUUUACAUUUCUGGAAAUCAAUUCUCAGGUGAGAUCCCGGCAGACUAUUUCUCCAACAUGGGGUCUCUGAAGAAAUUGUGGCUUUCUAACAAUAAGUUCACUGGGGAAAUCCCGUCGUCUGUGGCCCGCCUAACCCAUCUCCUGGAAUUACACCUCGAAGACAACGAAUUCGGUGGCGCUAUUCCCUCUUUGGAUGCACCAGCGUUGGUGUCGCUCGAUUUGUCGAACAAUCAGUUAGAAGGGAAAAUUCCUCCAAGCCUAUCGAAGUUUGACGUGAGUUCGUUCGCUGGAAAUUCCGGCCUCUGCGGGGAAAAGUUGGGUAAAGAGUGUCCAAAGGCAGUUGAGCAGCCGCCUGCGGCAACAGAUACAACUAGCGCUGGAGGACCGAGGGGCGAUCGUGUUUCAGGUAAUGAUCAGCACGAUGGUUCAGCAGACGGCCAGAGAGAGAUCAUCAUCGUUUUAAUUGCGCUAGGAGUGGUGCUUCUGACUAUGGUCAUUUGCUUGAUAAUCAGAACAAGAAGACGAGCGAAGGUCCAACACGACUUCAAUGUGCUCGGGAAGGAAAAUGUUAAUGACUCGAUUCAGAAUGUCGUUCUUGGAACUGAGAAAAAGGAAGCGCAAUUAAGUCGCAAAGGGACGGGCUCGAGCUGUAACAGCCCUGCCCCUAAUCCUGCCAAAGGUUCGACUGCCUUGGAACUGGUUCUGUUAAGCAAUGAGAAGGGCGCCUUCGGGAUGGGAGAUUUGAUGAGAGCGGCGGCCGAAGUGUUGGGGAACGGAGGGUUCGGAUCAUCAUACAAGGCCGUGAUGGCUAACGGGGUCACGGUCGUGGUGAAGAGAAUAAGAGAAACGGCAGGCGGCGGGAAGAGUAUGGACGAGUUUGAUGCAGAGAUGAGGAAGCUAGGAAGGCUAAAGCACCCCAACAUUUUGACCCCUUUGGCUUACCAUUACCGGAAGGAUGAGAAGCUAUUGGUUUGUGAAUAUGUUCCCAAAGGAAGUCUGCUCUAUCUUUUACAUGGUGAUCGUGGACCUUCUCACGGAGAUCUGAAUUGGCCGGUGCGCCUAAAGAUCAUCAAAGGAAUAGCCAAAGGGAUUGGCUUUCUGCACGAUGAACUUAGUACUUCCGGCUUGCCGCAUGGUAACCUUAAAUCAAGCAAUAUUCUUCUAAAUUCGGAAUAUGAGCCGCUACUGGCAGACUACGGGUUCAGCUCAUUACUUGGCACAUCCCAUGUCUCACAUGCCCUAUUCGCGUUCAAGGCACCUGAAGCUGCGCAGUUCGGUGGAAUAUCGCCUAAAUGUGACGUUUACUGUCUUGGAGUGGUAAUCCUUGAGAUGCUCACUGGGAAAUUCCCUUCCCAGUACCUCACUAAUGGGAAAGGUGGAACCGAUGUCAUCGAAUGGGUGAGAUCAGCGAUUUCCGACGGCAGAGAAGCCAAACUGUUCGAUCCCGAGAUUGUAAACUCAACCAAUUCGUUCCCCGAGAUGGAAAAGCUUCUCCAUAUUGGCAAAGCUUGCACAGAAACUAAUCCAGAGCAGAGAUUAGACAUGAGAGAAGCCAUUAGGAGAAUUGAGGAGAUACAGAUGGAGGAAGGUGCGGAGUCCAGGACGAUAGACGUCCCGCCACCGGUCCAUGUCUUAAGUUAAUGAGAAGGCUGCAGUGCAAGCUUGGGAAGGAGAACCGGAUCAAAUAGUUUCAAAGACCGGUCAGGGCGUCGAGAUGGCAAUAGUUUUACAUUCGGUGUAUCGUGAUUAGAGUCCUUAGACAUUAAGUGGCAAUGCGUGGCGAAUUCAAAGAGAAGGAUGGUACUGACAUCUAGAGAGCCAUCUGGUGCACCAGUGUGUGUAUACUUUGUGCAACAGAGAAGGUGCAAACAAGUGAAGGAGAUGAGAAGAAAGAAAAUUUAAAGCACAUAUCAAGCCAAUGUAGUUAGAGCAAUUAAACUGUAAGUAUUCUGUACAUGCUUUUCUCUUUGGCCUGCGUUCCGAUUAUUUACCAUCACGUCGAACAGGUUGUUCUUUUUUCUGUUCUUCUUUGCUUUCGAUCUACCGAGGUUAACCAUCUAACGGCAAAACAAACAAGCAACAUAUCCAAUCUAAAUCAUCUACGUUGUCCAACCCUCGUAUCUGGAACUGACCCUUUUUGCUUCUUCUCUGCUUAUGGUCCCAAUUUCCAGAA